AGCGACAAAAAUUGGGGAAGGACGUCGAAAUCAAUUGGCCCGAUAGAUUAACAUGUUCUAAUUAAGUCGUGCAAGUGAGACUCAUUGGAGGUCGAGGUCUACUACGUUCUACACGACUUUCAACGAGGUCUACUACGUUCUACACGACUUUCAACGAGGUCUACUACGUUCUACACGACUUUCAACUCGCAAAAAAUGGAUCCCUCAGUUGGAUUCGCCUUGUAUCAGCUGCCAGGGCAAGGCGCAGCAAAGAAGAAAAAGGUCCCCGAUAAAGCUCCAGAUCUGAAGAAGCUUAUGGAGGAACAAAGAGCAAAGACGACAGAGGUAUUUGUUCUACACUUUUUCCACUUUGUGCGACAGUGGUGGUACACUUUGUCCACUUGUUUUUAUAUCCACCAUAUUCACAGUUGUGAUGUCUAAUUUCAUGUCAUUUUCUUCAAAUAAAGUGACUUCUUUAUUCUUUUCAAAUGUUUUUAGGUGAUGUAUAUUUGCGGAAACUGUGGUGAGGAAGUGAGUUUGAAAGCCGCAGACAAUGUGCGGUGUCGAUACUGCGGUCAUAGGAUCCUGUAUAAAAAGCGAACGACGCAAGGCAUGAUGUAUGAAGCAAGGUAGGAUGUCCUAGACGCAAGGCAUGACGUAUGAAGCAAGGUGUGUGGAUGUCCUAUGACGCUGAUUUUUGGCUUUCAAGAUGGUCUGGGACGGACGCAGACGGACGCAAAAGACGUUUUUCUCCUACCGCCUCAGAGCAAGUAGGCUCCGCUUUAUGCAUCUUGCAAACCGAUCUUCGUUUUGAAUACUUCUAAUGAUACGCAUUCCUCGUACUAGUUCUUCAAGCACCAGCACGCUUGAACACGACUUACAACUCUUUUUUACCACGCAAUAUCGAGUACUUUUUCGCAUUUUUUUUCAACACCUGAAGGAGCGCAAUUGAAUUGGGGGAUGAAUAUCAAAAACAUGCUCUCACGACACGCGCACACGUAAUAAGAGUGAAUCCUUCUGCGCACACUUGAUAAAAAGAUGUUGGGAGCCAUCCACAUGCAACUGGCUUUCUGACGCUUCUGUAUCUAAGUACUUGAAGCCGCACUUGGACCCGGAUUUUCACUUGGGGACGGACAAAAAUAAAGCAACCUAUCCUACCUGAACUGGCUAGUUUGUGGAAAUGGCUAUCAUUUAUUGACUAGAAUAAACUUAAUAUAGUGAGUGAGCAGGACAGAGGGCAGGAGCGAGUGGG